AUGCUUCGUAAUUCCCUCGCCGGCGUCGACGCGGCAAGGCGCGCCGAGCUGGUGGAAUGGGCGGAGUCGACAUGGGAGAGCGGCGAGAAGGACAAGGCCAUGGCUCAGCAGGUGUCGUCCGAUCACACGUCGCUAGCAGCAGAAGCAGCUGUGGGACAGAACGCAUCGGGAAUAUCAGGAACGUGGGGAAGGGUUGGAGUUAUCGAGGGUGUUGGUGUUCUGAGCGCGGUUCCCAGCCCUAACUCGCUGCCGUCCGUUGCUGCAAACCCUUUCACGCGGAACCUCACAGAUCCCAGCAACCGCGUCAGCAGCGCGGAGAAUGCGCAGUCGUCGCAGGGAUACGACUGGGCGCAGGAUGCGAGAGGGGGGAAGAGGCGGACGAACUCUGGGGGCUCCGUUGCUGCAAUAGACCUGGGCGUGCAUUCCCACGGAGCGACGCAGCUUCCCCAGCAAGUUUCCCCCCACCAUCAGUAUUCUCCGCACCACAGGGUAGCAUCCCCGCAAAUGCGCCUGUUAUCUCCGCAACACCCGCUGCAAUCUCGUCUGCUCUCCCCGCAGCUUCCCCCGCAACGGCGCCUGCUUUCCCCGCAGCUUUCUCCACAGCCUCGCCUACUCUCACCGCAGCACACCUCGAUGCUCUCUCCCCACCAUUCUCCCCAUCGCUCCCCACACCUCUCCCCUCACCACUCCCCCCACCGCUCCCCCCACCUCUCUCCCCAUCGCUCCCCCCACCUCUCCCCUCAGACCCGCCACUUCUCCCCGCAGCGCUCCCCCCAGCCUCGACUUCUCUCCCCGCAGCUCUCCCCGCAGCCUCGGCUUUUCUCUCCGCAGCUCUCCCCCCAGCCUCGGCUCCUCUCCCCGCAACUCUCUCCGCACGUCCCCUCCCCCAACAUUGCAUUUCAGCCGCUCCAUCGGCUACUCACCCCGCAACACCCCGGGGCAGAUCCGCGUGAACGAGCCAUCCGCCGCACGAUCUCCAUGCCUGAGGCGGAUUUUGACGCCGCGCUUCCCUUUCCGCGCGCGCACGGCGCUUCCGCGGAGGGCGCAGCAUUCGCGCCCAGGAGCAGGAACGCGCUGGGCGCCGGGGGGGUGCUUCCGCGGUUGCGGAGCCCGCAGCUGGCGACGGGGGUGCGCGGAGUGAUGCUGCGCGCGAUUGAGGGGCACAAGAGGGGCGCCUCCGCGGACAUCGUGGAGACCGCGCAGAGGGCGCUGCGCAAGAGCAGGUGGGCCGGCGGGGGUCCGGGCGGGGAAGGGCGGUGGGGGCCGAUGAGCGCAAGGGAAUGGCGGCCGGGAAUGGAGGUGAAAGGCUUCAAUGGAGCAGGAAUGGGAGCAGCAGGAAGCGGAGGGGACGAAGAGGGAAGAGGAGUAGGAGGAAGAGGAGGGGUGAUGGGGGAAGAGGCCGCUGGCGGUAGCAGUAAUGACAGCAUCAACAUCAUGGUUAUCGAGAGAAGUAACGACGCUGUUACUGCUGCUCCUGGUGGGCUCGGCUCCCCUCUCCCCCUAAGUCCCCACAGCGCUACAGCUGCAUGGGGCUUUCCAGACGCAGCAGCGCGAGCAGCAGCACCGAAAGCACGAGCAGCAGCAACAGCGGGGGGCAGUGGGGGCAGACCUGUAAUGUUCAGGAGCAACAGCGACAAGGGCCCAAACACGGGCUCCAGCACUCCUACCAGCAGGCGCGGCGACGUGCCAAGCCAAGGGCAAGCGGGGCGCAUGGCUCGGCCUGUCACCUCAGUCACCCCAGGUGCAGCCCCCAGAAUGGGCGGGCGAGGCGGAAGGGGACAGGGCGCGCAAGGGGCAGUGGCGCAAAAGGGGGCAGGGGGGGCAGGUGAUAGGGCGGGCAGUGGAGCAAGCGAGGCGGUGGCAGGGGAAUCUGUUGCUCAGGACCUUGCAAGUGGGGGUGAUGUUCCGCGGCUGUUGGUGCACGGGGAGGCUCGUCCAGUGCAGGCGUUGCUGGUGAGGGUGUGUCUGCUGGAGGCAGGGGGGCUGGCACCGGUGUGGGAAGGGGUCAAGGAAGGGUUGGAGUGCAGGGGCGAGGAGGGGGAGGGGGAAGGGGUGGGGGAGGGGGGGGGAGGAGGAGGGGGAGGAUUAGUAGGAGGUGGAGGAGGAGGAGAGGAAGGAGAGCAGGCGCGGUGGGCGGAAUCACCCAAGGGGGCUUCACCACGCGGAUUGAAUAUGGGAAGCGUUACCCCUCGUGCUGUCACAUCCAGCAGUGCUGCAUUUGGGACCCCUUCUCCAGGAAGUGUGACUCCAGGGAGUGUGACUCCAGGGAGUGUGACCCCAGGGAGUGUGACUCCAGGGAGCAUGGGUUCUCGAGGCAGGGGCUUGGGAGUGGGUGUGAGAAGGCCGCCAAGAGGAGGAGGUCCUGUGCCUGCCAGCACCAUGUUCCGCUCUAAAAGCCUCACAGACGGCCAACGCCACCAGCAGCAGCAACAGCAGCAGCAGCAGCUGAUCUCUCCCCGACUGCACCGACCCCCCCAGCAGCAGCAGCUGCCUGGCCGCGGGGAGCCAUCCCCCACAGCAGCAACAGGAGCAGCAGCAGCAGCGGCAGCAGCAAGAAACGCGUUUCCAGGCAAGGCUAGGCCCGUCACGCCUGUUCCAGAAGGGGGAGGUGCAGGUAGGGGUGCAGUAGGAGGUGCUGUAGCAGGAGGGGCCGUAACAGGGAACUCUAUGGGUGAAGGUGCAUUUCCUAGGCCAGCAAGCGGAGGAGCGGCAGGAGGGGCAAUGGCCGUGGGGGCGAGCUCGCCCAGAACACCAGGAGCAGCAGCUGUGGCGAGGAGCAGCAACGGCCCUGUGCCAGCAUCACCUUCAGGUUCAGGGUCAGGGUCAGGAGCAGGAUUGGAAGCGGAGUUAGGAUCACGGCAGGGGUCGAGGACAGGGUGGGGAUUGGGGUUUGGUCGGUCCAUGUCUGAGAGUGGUGCUGUUAGGAGACCGAGUGGUGCAGGUGGUGCAGGUGGUGCGGGUGGAAUGGGUGGGGUGGGUGGAGUGGGUGGGGUGGGUGGGGUGGGGUUUGAAGUGGGGGAGUUUUCGAGCUUGGCUACUGUUGACGAAGUUGAUGGGGCUGUAGCAGCAGAGGCUGUAGCUGAUGGCGCUGAUCGAGCAGCAGGAGCAGGCGGAGCAGGCGGAGCAGGAAGAGGUGGAGGCGGGGGUGUUGCACUGGGGGAGAGCACAACAGGGGUGUCGUUGUUCUCCUCUGCUUCUCUUGCUGCCUCUCAACCCCCGGUGAGCCCGCGUCCGUUAGGCCCCACUCGCCCCGCCAUGGAGCAACGACAGCAGCAGCAAGGGCAGCAGCGGCAACAAGCAGCGCAGGGAGGGGGGGCAGGAGGAGCAGGAGGAGCAGGAGGAGGGGGGCAGAAGCAUCCGAAGCAGCACCACGGCAAGUACAGCAGUGGCAGGCCUCCCCCAGUGACCAUCCACAACCCCACCGUUGCACAGGGGCGCGCACUGAGCAAGUCUACCAGCGAGCCUGGGUGGCGCCUGGAGGACGUGUCUAUGCGCUCGCCUGCCUCCCCCCGAAUGCUCCCUCCACCGUAUCCCCAUGGCGUUGCGUCGUCUCCUAGGCAGGCCCACCCGUUCCAGCAUAACCUGCAGCAGCAGCAGCAGCAGCAGCAGCAGCAGCAGCAGCAGCAGCAGCAGCAGCAGCAGCAGCAGCAGCAGCAGCAGCAGCAGCAGCAGCAGCAGCAGCAGCAGCAGCAGCAGCAGCAGCAGCAGCAGCAGCAGCAGCAGCAGCAGCAGCAGCAACAGCAGCUGCAACAACAACAGCAGCAGCAGCAGCAGCAGCCGUUUAUGCAGCUACACGAGGUGCUACAGGCACAGCAGUCGCCUGGUUGGUUCUCUCCAGGGGUGAACCCGCGCCAACAAGGCCGCUCCUCCCUGCCGUCUCCCUCACACAUACCCCUCUCCCCCACCUCAUCCAGCCUUCGUAGCCCGCGGUUUCCUGUCCUCAACUCACCAUCUUUUUCAGCUUCUGCCGCCACCACCACUGCUGAUGCCUCUGCUUUCUCUGCUGCUGCUCUCACCUCACCUCGUCCCCUAGCUCCUGCUCCUGCUCCUUCUCCCACUGCUGCCCCCAGCCCCAGUGGGGCAGUAGCGAGUGGGCACAGCAGUGCGAUGGCAGCGAGGCUGCAGGGGGGGGUGGCGGGGUUGCGGAGGCUGCGCAAGGCGCUCACAGCGCCCGCACAGGACCUGGCAGAGGAGGAGCAGGAGGAGGAGGAGGCAGUGACGCUGCUCAAGAGCGGCAACCUGCCCUGGAACCACAGCCCUGUCGCGUUUUCCGUGCAUGCCUCCGCUGUUGCUCCUGCUGCUGCUGCUGCUGCUGCCGGUGCGGGUGGUGCGGGUGGUGCGGGUGGUGUGGGUGGUGCAGGUGGUACAGGUGGAGAGGGUGGAAUGGCAGCUGAGCCCGAUGAUUCUGUUCCCUUUGAUGCGGAUGGGGCAGCAUGCAGCAGUGGUGGAGGCAGGGCGAGGCGUGCCCACUCCAUGUCCUUCUCAAGCCUCUCUGCUGCCCUGCCUGCUCAUGCCGGAGGUGGGGCAGCAGGGGGAGCAGGGGCGGGCGCAGGGGCGGGGGUAGGGAGGGCGGGGAAUGCAGGGGGGUAUGAUCCCAUGGCUCUGGGUUUGGUGUCCCCUGCAGGCAAAGGCCCCAUGUUUCACCGCACGUGGACCGACCCUGCUGAACGAUCGAAUAGAGUGCUUGCUGCUAGGAGGGCUGUCUCUGGAACUUCUGCUGCCGCCGCUGCUGCUGCUGCUGGUGCUGGUGCUACUUCUGCAUCAUCAGCACAGCACCUGUCUCCUCGUGCAUCUGCUUCUCUCGCGUCACCACACGCACCACAGUCGCCAUCUGCCUUCCCGCAACAACAACCCCACCCGCUGCUGCACCAGCCCUCACAACCCCACCCCACACCAUCAGCAGCAGCGGCGGCUGGGGCCACGUUAAGUCCAACGAACGCCCGACGAGCUGCCUUCCGCAAGGCGCGCAGCGUGCCCAAGCGCCUGCUCAGCGAAGUCAGCGGCUUCGGGUCCCCCGCAGGCUCCCCUGGUGGGGCGCUCUCCGCUUCCCCCCUUGCCCUCCGCCCCCCCAGGGCUGGGAUUAGCGCGGACGGGACGAGGGCCAGCCGCAUGGUGGGGGGAGGCGCAGGGGGAGGAGGGGGAGGUGGUGGUGGUGGGGGAGGUGGGAAGGGAAGACCAGGAAGGAAAGGCCCAUUGGAUGUGCAUGCUGAUCUGUCAAUCCUUCAGGAGCUUGAGCUGCCACUCUUCUUCCAGAAUGGAAGGCCAGGAGCAGGGAAGGGAGGCGCUGGGGGGAGGAACGGGGGAGGUGGAGGACGAGGAGGCGGAGGGGCAGCAGUGGCAACGAUGGCUGUGGCAGGGGUAGCGGAGGGGGUGGGUGGGGCGAGCACAGUGCAUCUGAACAGGCGGGGGUAUGCGCACCGAGUGUUUCGCACGCAUAACUUCCCGCUGUCCGUGGGGGCUGUGCUAGGAGCGGUGUCGGACCAUAACAAUGCUAUCACUGUCACCCCUGCCUCGCCCAAUGCUGGCAACUCUGCCCCCAUUGCGUCCCCUUGGACCCCCCCUUCUGCUCAUGCAGCUGCUGCUGGCGGUGGCGGUGGUGGUGGUGGUGGUGCUGCUGCUGCUGCUGCUGCUGCUGCUGCUGCUGCUGCUGCUGCUGCUGCUGCUGCUGCUGCUGCUGCUGCUGCUGCUGCUGCUGCUCCCUCUGCUUCCUUUCCUCAGCACUCCUCCUCGCCUUCCACUCAGACAGUGCUCUCGUCGCCCUCUCCACCCGUCACUCCUCCGAUUCUCGCUCCUGCUGUUUCUUCUGCAAGCUCAGGAACACAGGUGGGAGGGAGAGGAGGAACCGGCGAAGCAGAAGCGCCAGGAGCUGCAACCGCAGCAGCAGCAGCAGCAGCAAUGGGUAUGCCAGCAGGCUUUGAGUUCUUGCCUGAUGGGAGGAACACAGAGUCCGUCGACACACCAGCUGCAACCACAACUGCACCUGAAACAUCAGCAUCAGCUGCUGCUGCUGCUGCUGCUGCUGCGCCUCCCGCGUUUUUGGGCAGGGGGCUGGUAGGAGGAGGAGGAGGAGGGGCCCUUGCAGGGCCACCACCAGGCAGUCUGAUUCGUAAGCUGUCGCUCUCACUCUCACCUCUGCUCAUCCCACAAACUGACUCCGUGGACAGCAAUGAAGGGGGUGCUCCUGUCCCUAUCGCUGUUCCAGCAACUCAGGCGUCCACUGCUGCUGCUACUGCUGCUGCUGGGGAUACUUAUGGGACUGGGGGGACUGGGGGGGUACCUGUAACUGCUGUUCCACUGGAAGCGUUCCCAGCAGCUGCAGGCAGCAGUGCAGCAGGAGUAGUGCCUCCCCCAUGGCUCCCAGUGGCCUCUCCCCGUCCCAUGCCCUCCAAGGCACUCGCCCCUCGCACCCCUGCCGCCACCACUCCCACCCUUCCCACCGCCACCACCCCCACCUUUGGAAGCCAAACCGCGAGCAACAGCAACAGCGGCGGCGGCGGCAGCAGCAACACCCGGGGAGCGGGGAGCUGGGGAGAAUCAACAGCUUCUACUAGUGCCUUCGCCAUGGGUAUGCUGAGUCCGAUGUCUGGCGGCAGGGGAAGGGGCAUGGGUGCAGGCCGGGGCAGCGGGUUUGUCGCGCACUCCAUCUCCCAGUCCCCUUCCUCCUCCUCUACAGGGCGAGUCAGCAGCCCUCUGCUGGGGAGUGCAGGAGGAGCAGCAGCCGCAGCGCACAACGCACGGCAUAGAUCAAACGGCCCUCCCAGUCCCAUGGGGUCAAUGGGGUCAAUAGGGUCAAACGGGUUCUCAAAUGGGUUCUCAAGCGGGCUGCUCAGCCCGCUCGGGUCAAUGGGGUCAACCAACGGGCCUCUCAGCCCGCUCCGCUCCAUGGGUAGUCUAGGCCUGAUCAGUCCCAGAGGAGGCGGAGCAGCAGCAGGAGCAGCAGCAGCAGCGGCAGGCAUGGGUGGUGUGAGCCACCUCAUGCGGCAUGCGUCUGUGGGUGCAUCAUCUGCCACUGCGCCCCUGGGUCUUAUGAGCCCUAUGGGUGGCAGGGGUGGGGGGCGUCUCUUCAGCCCAGUGCUUGCCGGGCCGCAUGGGGCCGGCAGAGGGCGAGGGGGAGUGCCGGUGGGGGCUGCAGGAGCAGCAGCAGCAGGAGGAGAAGCAGCAGGAGGAGCAGCAGCAGGAGGGGCAGCAGCAACAGCAGGAGGAGGAGGGGCAGGGGCAGGGGCAGGGGCAGGGGCAGCGGCAGGGAAGUACCCUCGGUUCCCGUCGGAGGGCGGGCAGCAGUCGGCAAUGGCAGCACUGGGUUCUCUCAGCGGUCUGCUGAGCCCCCGUGGAGCAGCAGGGCUGGUCCCCGCACACAGCCUCCCUGCCAAGUCUCGCCUUAAUCAGCAUGGAUCGCUCUUAUGGGGCAUGCCUGGUUCCGCGUCCCUCUCUGCAGUCCCUGGUGGCGGGGGUGGGGGUGGGGGUGGGGAAGGAACGACGGGGGGAUUUGGGGGGUUUGAGGGGGCGUUUGGGGGGAGCGUCAGGGAUGGGGAUGGGGGUGAGCGGGUGUCUACUGGUGGAGGAGCAGAGGAUUUGUAUUCCGAGUCUGGAUCGACUGCAGGGGACGGCACAGCGGGAGGUGGAGGCGGAGGGGGAGGAGGAGGAGGGGGGCAGAUGGGAGGGUUGAGUGAGGAUGGUGUGGGAGGGGGUGAGCUGCGGACAGCAGCAGGGAUAGUGCGGGAGAGGGAGGUGGUGCGCUCAGAGAUUCUCGUACAUCAACACCCGCUGCCAGCAGCAGCAGGCGUCUCUUCCCACUCUCUGCAUCCGCCUCCUCUGCUGCCUCUGCUGCUCAGCACGCCAUUCCUUUGGGCUCCAGCACUCGCUCGCUCUCCAUGCCCUCUCACCCUCCGGGCACCCCCAGCACCCCAUCCACCCCGCCAGACACAGCAGCCUCUUUCACUAGACAUGCUGAACCCACUGCCAGCAGCAGCAGCAGCAGCAGCAGCAGCAGCAGCAGCAGCAACAGUGGUGGUGCUGGUGGGCAAGAUGAACAUGAUGGGGUGUGGGCCUCCCUUGGGGGUGUUCCGAUCACCCACUGUCACUUCCUCUGUCUCUGCUGUGCUACGCCAUGCAAGCAAAAGCAGAGGGGGGUUAGACCACUACCCCCAGCAGCAGCAGGAAGGAGAGGUUGAGGGGGAGAGUGAGAAUGUUGUGAGUGGCAGCAUCAGCAGUUUGGGGGCCGUAGGCAUGGGGGACUCGAGUGGAGUGAGAGAGGAUGGGGAGGGUACAGGUCGAGGGGAAUGUGAUGGUGGAGCGUCAGCAGCUGCCAGUGGUACGAUAAUGAGGGAGGAGGAGGAGGAGGAGGAGGAGGAGGAGGAGGAGGAGGAGGAGGAGGAGGAGGAGGAGGAGGAGGAGGAGGAGGAGGAGGAGGAGGAGGAGGAGGAGGGUCCUCGAGCUCAUCGCAUCACUAACUCCUCUCGGCCAUGCCAUCUGCUGUUGCUGCCGCCACUCCGAUCGCUGCUGUCACCACUGAUAGCAGCAGCAGCAGCAGCAGCAGCAGCAGCAGCAGCAGCAGCAGCAGCAGCAGCAGCAGCAGCAGCAGCAGCAGCAGCAGCAGCAGCAGCUGAAGCAGCAGAGGGUGGCAUAUCAGUUGCAAUGUAA